CUGUUGCAGGCGCUAACCACAGUGUCAGUGUGUGUGGACUAACGGCUGACGGUAGACACGGCUAGCUCAAACACUCUCACACACGGACACUGGUACAGGUAGACACGGCUAGCUCAAACACUCUCACACACGGACACUGGUACAGGUAGACACGGCUAGCUCAAACACUCUCACACACGGACACUGGUACAGUAUGGGAGCCAGAUGCAGAGCAGUUUGAAGGAAUUCACCUCGAACUGCUUCUAUCUGAUUGGAUCAUGUUUCCUGACUAUGUGUAUGUGAGAGGGCAGCAUGCAGUCGGCUCCAGCAGGUUUGUGGGACCCCCAUGGGCCCCAGUCUGAAGAUGGCUCCCCCCUCCCCCUGCUUCCACCCUCCGCCUCUCACCUCUCCCAUGUGAUCUCCGCACCACCAGCUAAGCGAAUCACCUUCUACAAGAGAGGCGACGAUAAGUUUGCAGGUGUGAAGAUGGCCGUCCACAAACGCAGCUUCAAAUGCUUUGACGCACUACUGGACGACCUGUCGCAGAAGGUGCCCUUGCCUUUUGGGGUACGCACUGUCACCACCCCCAGAGGAACCCACAGCAUUAAACAUCUAGAGCAGCUGGAGGACAGGGGGUGCUACCUCUGCUCUGACAGGCGGCAGGCUAAACCAAUCAACAUGGAGCUGGCUGGCAAACGCCCCGCCCUCUGGCACCACCCCAGCCGCCGAGUGCCACAGCGACCAGCUGAAGACCCUUGCCCUCCCACUGCUCCAAGCCACACCCCUACACGGCAGCGGCGCAUCCUAUUGGUCAGAAACAGCGACCCUGCGGUGAGGAGGAGUGUGAUUCUGAGCCGCCGCUCAACCCGAAGCCUCCGAGUGUUUCUGGAAGACAUCUCGGAACUGAUGCAGUGUCACGUCAGGAAAUUAUACACACUGGAGGGACGCAAGAUUGACAGUGCACAGAGCCUGAUGACGUGUCCAGGUGUGUUGGUGUGUGUGGGUCGAGAGCCCUUCAGACCUCUACUUCUGGAGUACGUAACCAAGAGCUCUGAGGAGAAACUUCCUGGACUGGGGACGCGGUCAACUGGAAACGGGGCCCGCUCCCCGGGUACUGGAGCCCGCUCACCUGGUAACGGAAAAGGGUCACGGUCUAGUGUCUGCAGCGAGGGACACGACAACAAGAAGAACGUGAACUUUGGUCUGGAGACUAAGAAGAGCAUCAUCCAUCCUCGCUUAGACUCUUCAAACCGCUCCACCCGUUUCUCUCUGUCCUCGGAGAAGUCCUGCGCUAACGGCCUCUGUCCCCACUCCCACAGCGGCAGGGAGGCGGUGCUUAAUGAUGACAUCGAGAAGCGGGUACUGGUGAACAAAGACGGCAGCCUGUCUGUGGAGAUGAGGGUGCGGUUCAAUCUCCACAACGAUGAGACGCUUCAGUGGUCCACGGAGAUUAAGAAGUCUCCCUCUGACUCUCUGACCAAUGACUGCUGUCCGCUCAGGGAAGCUCAGCCCUGCUACCUACAGGGCCAAUCGGAAAGCUGCUCGGACCCUGACUACGCUUUUUGUGUUGCUGAAGCUGCCGACUACGCACCCAAGCCUCCACAGCACUCCCUGAAGGAGCCACAGCCCCGCUGUGCCUGCUGCUACCAGAGACCCAACCCGGAGUAUGACCUCUGGGAAAACCCCGCCCACAUCCAGACCUCUAAGCACUCCCAUUCCAGGGUUAGACACACCCACUCUUCUAGCUCCUCCUCUUCCUGCCGCUCCAGCAGGGUGCUGAGGAGACGGGCAACCCACAAGGAGGGCUCGGAGCCCGGAAGGGUUGUCCAGGAGUGCUGCGUCAGGGAAGAGGUACAACGUCGGGUGGAGGUGGAGAGGGACGGAGGAAUGGUGGAGGUGUGUACAGUCAGCCGUAGCUGCAGCCGCAGCGAACUCAAUCUGAGUGCCCCAGACAACCAGGGGGAGGAGCGUCCUCCGUCUAGCUCCUCCCGCAUACUCCAAGCGCUUCAGGAAGAUGUGGAUGCCCUCCCUCCCAGCGCCUCACGCUGCUGCCAUAGCAACGACCCCCCACAACCGCUCCCUUUGACUUCGCGUCCUCCCAGCCACUUGUCCAAUUACUCCAGGAGCAGGAACCACACCCCUGCCCCUGCCCCACAGCGAGAGGAGAGGGGAGAGGUGGAAGAGGAAAGGUGUGACAUGGGUGAGGAGAGGGUUAGCAGAGCCUCCUCCCGGCGCUCUUGUCACUCCUGUUCCUGCCGUGGUGGAGAAGUCACCCCUCAGGCCAACCAGGAGAGGGUGGACAGCCAAGCCUCCCACAGAUCUAGAUCUUUCAAUAGAAUCACAACCCCUGUGGCUUCAGAGGAGGGAGAUGAUGAAGAUGAUGAGGAGGAGGAGGAGAGGGCAGUCAGCGUAAUGUCCACUCACACCGGUCUCUCCGGGGGAUCGGGUGGGUCAUUGGGGUCUAUGGGGUCCAUUGUGUGUUCUCACUGUGGCGGGUGUGACCAUAGGUCCAGCCCUGCAUCCUGCCCUUCACAGAGGUCACAGCGAUCUAAAUGUGAAGAGGAGAGGUCAGGGAGCGGACUUUCGGGUGGCUCAGAUGAGUCCGGUUUUUCUCAGAGGACCAACAGGUCCAACUGUACCCACUACUACCAAGAGGGCCGAGCAGCCAGCAGAAUGUCACACCUGUCUCUUCCCGAGGAGGGAGAGGAUACAGGGAAGGAGGGAGAGGUGGAGGUUGGCGAGAAGAGAGAAGAGGGGGAGAAAGACGAGAGAGCAGCCAGUGUCCUCUCAGCUAAAUCCUUCUCUUCAGUCAAAGGCAGGAACUCCAGAACCUCCCAUAAGUCUAAGGCUUCAGAAUCCCUUGCAGACAUGGAGGAAGAGAUGGAGGGAGAGAUGGAGGGAGAGAUGGAGAUGGAGGAAGAGAUGGAGGAAGAGAUGGAGGAAGAGAUGGAGAGAGAAGUGGAAGACAGAAGAGAGCAGAGACCAUCAAGCACCAUGUCAGCUAAAUGUAACCUCUCAGUAAAGUCCAACAGGUCCCAUAAGUCCUACGGCAGCAAAUCCGAACGGGCGCCUCCCCCAAAUUACCAGAGGCAACAGCUACAGACGAGGUGGGAGAGGAGAGACCAGCAAGUCCCAUGUCAACUAAAUCAAACCGCUCAGCCAAGUCUAGCAGGUCUCAUAAGUCCACCCGUAGCAAAACAGAUGGGUCCACAAAGGUUUCAGAGAGGGCAGCAUCUCCCAGAUCAGAACCAGAAGCUGCUGAGGAUACAGGAGCAGCAGAGCCAGAGGACAGAGAAGCCAGUGUUAUGUCAAAUAAAACCUGUGUUUCAGCAAAGUCCAGCAGAUGUCAUAAGUCUAGGGCUGCUUCUGUCAGCUCUGACACACCCGACGUCCCUGACAUUGAGACAACCGGUGAAGGUGAAGAGGCAGAAGAGGGCGAGAAAACAGAGGAGAGAGCAGAGAGCGCCAUGUCAGCUAAAUCUAACCUCUCGGUAGAGUCCAGCAGGUCCCAUAAGUCCACCUACAGCAAAGCAGAACAGGCCCCUUCCCCCUAUUCAGAGGCGCCAGAAACUGAGCCUGGUCAAGAUGAGGAGGGAGAGGAGAGAGCAGCGAGUGCCAGGUCAACUAAAACCAGUGAC